AAAAAGGAAAUUUAAAUUUUCUUAAUCAAUGAUUUAUUAUUGAAAUUUAAGUUAUGAGUAUGUACUGCUAGCUUUGAUCAUGCAUGUAUAGGAAAAAACAAAGUGUAGAGUAAAAGUAAAAAGAAAAAAAAUAUUACGAUAAAAACUGUAAAGUGGAAAAAAUGAGCUUAAAACUAUUGUACAUGAUAGGUUUUAUAAAUACAUUCUUACAAAUCUAUGGAAUCGAGAAUUACGAAGGAUUGGCAAAUGUUACUGAAUCCAAUCAAACUAAUUUAGAAUCAAUAUCAACAACAAACUAUGCAACGAAUCCUUAUUAUAGUCAAACAGUUACUCAGCUGCAUCUUGUAAAUACAACAGAAUUUGAUUAUAAUAGUGCAACAACAUCAUUUGAUAUUAAUUGCUUUGAAUCUACAAAUCAUGAGCAUUAUAAUGUUGAAACACAUUUUGGAAAUAUUUUUGUUUCUUUUAUUUUACAAGAAUGCGACAAUGCAACAAAUACAGUCCAAUUCAUUGCUAAACGAAUAAAUGAAUUAAAUUUAUUGGCUCAUAAUACUUCAAUUGGUGUGCGAAUAAUAAACAUUAUCAAGCCUGUGAAUUUUUCGGAGAUUCUUGAAGAUGAACUUGACUAUUUAGAGCACUGUACUGAUAAUCCAUUUGGAAUCUUCAUAUCGCAACCACUUUGGCACCAUAUUUCAGAAAGUGACAAAAACUAUGAACUUAAAAUGUGGCCUCUUCCUGAUAUUGCAUCCAUUAAAAUGCAUAAAGUUGCUCAUCUUCUUAAUGAAUUACCAUUGAAUAUUGAAAGAAAUGCUGUCUCAGUAGAAGUAAAAUCAAACUCUAUCAAAAGAACAAAAGAGUUUGAAAUGAUAUUGAAGCUAGAAAAUCUCUGUUUUAAAAGCUUUCCGUCCAAUGACAAUAUUUUCAUUCAUGUUGGUGAUGAAGAUUAUUUCAAAUCUGUGCGUAUUCUUGCAAAUCAAAGUCAUGUAAUGAUUCCGUUGGCACCAGAAAAUACAAAUAUUCGUAUAUCUGAAAUUCCUGUUAAAGUAUAUUUUGUACAAGAACAAGAAGUACAAAUAAAUGAUUUAGAACAAACAUAUCCUUCAACAUUCAUAUCAAUUGGUACAACAUUUUUAGAAAUAAUAAAAACUAUAAACAAAGCCUUAUCAAAGUUUAACAAUGCCUCUACAACAGUCGACAAAUCUAGUCUUAAAAAGUAUGAAAUCUACAAUGAUUUAGAAGUCUUUGGUAACAUAUCACAUGAAAAUCCAGAAAACGUACUCAACAUAUUAAAGCUGAAUACGCUUAAAGCUCAAAUGAAUUAUAUUUUAUAUCAAAGAUCAUCAAAUGGAUCAAAUGAGUUGGUAAUAUCAAAUUAUAUUACCAAUUUAACAACAGUCUUCAUACAAGAUCAAAAUGGAAGGAUACCACUGGGCUCUUUGUUCAAAUGUUUCAACACGUCAAAAGCAUUCAAUUCUAGUCUUUCAAAUGAAAGUGAAAACGAAAGUCAUCAUUUAAAUUCAUUUAAUCCCAAUGAAGUAUUCACACCAGAAACAUUUGAUUCGGAUAUAAAUAUUGAUGGAGAUAUGCAACAAUUAUAUUGGGAACUGAAAACUGAGCUUUGGGUUGCAAUUGGUCUUACGAUGUCUACAUUAGGCAUUUUACUUAGUAUGGCUAUAUUGACAUUCAUAAUAAUAAGAAUCUGUAUGGAUGAUGUGCUGGAGGGAAAUCCAAUCGGAUCAGUUGUAAUGUUGAUUGCUUUAAUUGCUCAAUUUACUUCCUUCUUUCCUUUUACUAUUGAAUAUGAAAGUGGCGAUUUAGUAGAAAAUGAUAAUGUUAUGAACUCUAUGUGCAUCAUCAAAUUAUUCCUUGUAUCUGUAAGCUACUGUCUUACAUUUUCGUUACUUUUAUCACGUGCCAUCAUGUUGGCAUCGAUCGGAAGUGAAGGGGGAUUCUUAUCUCAUGUAAAUGGCUACAUUCAAAGCAUUUUAUGCUUCUUUAGCUUUAUCGUGCAGCUCGGUCUGUCAGUACAGCUACUUAUAGUCAUGCAUGCAAAUAGCAAAAAUGUCACUUGCAUAAACAUUUACAAUGGGAAUUGGUUUUGGGCUGUAAUUGGAUAUGAUGGGUUUAUAUUGAUAUUACUGCUUAGUCUUGCACCAUUCAUUUUUAAAUCACAACGAAACUAUCAUGAAGGGAUUCUAAUAGUUAUUACAACAAUCUUGUGCAUUCUAUGCUGGUUUAUAUGGAUACCAUUGAGCAUGAUUGACCAUAACUUUCGAGAAAUAAUGAUUUCGCUGGGAGUUCAAUCGACAGCAUGGAUUAUCUUAGUUACUAUUAUGGUUCCUCGAUGCUUUCUUAUUGUAAAAUCAAUAGCUCGUUCUGAUUUUACACAAGCUUUGCCUUCAUUAACAUCGCUGGCAUUUGCCCAAGCAAAUCACUUUAUUUCUGAGCCGAGUAUAUACGAAUGUGUAAAUCCAACAAUGCGAUCCAGAUCAAUUGGAGAAGAAAGUGAUCAAACGAAUUUGCCCAAUGAAUCAUACAUGUCACCUAGUGAGGUUCCGACGUUACCUCUUCGUUGUGGACGUAGAAGUAUGGAAUACAAUUUAAAUUUUAAUGAAAUUAUAAAUCCAAAUUUGCUUUCACCAAAUAAGAUGACAAGGUUUUGACACCAAAAAUAAAGAUUUUUCUAGUCAAAAGAAAUGUUGACAAACCAAAAUAAAAGUUUAAC